CCUGCUUCCCAGAGACUGGGAUACGGAGCCACCCGAGGACAGUGCUGCAGCCUCCCGGCGUCCCUGUCAUGUUCCGCAAAGUGGUUCGGCAGAGCAAAUUCCGACAUGUGUUCGGGCAGCCUGUCAAGAAUGACCAGUGCUAUGAGGACAUUCGAGUGUCCCGUGUCACCUGGGACAGCACCUUCUGCGCCGUCAACCCCAAGUUCCUGGCAGUGAUUGUGGAGGCCAGCGGUGGAGGCGCCUUCCUGGUGCUCCCCCUAAGCAAGACCGGCCGCAUUGACAAGGCCUACCCGACAGUGUGCGGACACACAGGACCUGUCCUGGACAUUGACUGGUGUCCCCACAAUGACGAAGUCAUCGCCAGCGGCUCGGAGGACUGCACGGUCAUGGUGUGGCAGAUCCCGGAGAACGGGCUGGUCUCCCCGCUGACAGAGCCAGUGGUGGUGCUAGAGGGGCACACCAAGCGAGUGGGCAUCAUCACCUGGCACCCGACGGCCCGCAACGUGCUGCUCAGCGCAGGCUGCGACAACGUGGUGCUCAUCUGGAACGUGGGCACGGCGGAGGAGCUGUACCGCCUGGACAGCCUGCACCCCGACCUCAUCUACAACGUCAGCUGGAACCGCAGCGGCAGUCUCUUCUGCACCGCGUGCAAGGACAAGAGCGUGCGCAUCAUUGACCCCCGCCGGGGAACCCUGGUGGCGGAGCGGGAGAAGGCUCACGAGGGGGCCCGGCCCAUGCGGGCCAUCUUCCUGGCAGACGGCAAGGUGUUCACCACGGGCUUCAGCCGCAUGAGCGAGCGGCAGCUGGCGCUCUGGGACCCAGAAAACUUCAGGGAGCCCAUGGCCCUGCAGGAGUUGGACUCUAGCAACGGGGCUCUGUUGCCCUUCUACGACCCUGACACCAACGUGGUCUACGUCUGCGGCAAGGGUGACUCCAGCAUCCGGUACUUUGAGAUCACAGACGAGCCCCCCUACAUCCACUUCCUGAACACGUUCAUCAGCAAAGAGCCCCAGAGGGGCAUGGGCAGCAUGCCCAAGAGGGGCUUGGAGGUCAGCAAGUGCGAGAUUGCCCGGUUCUACAAACUGCAUGAGCGCAAGUGUGAGCCCAUUGUCAUGACUGUGCCACGAAAGUCGGACCUCUUCCAGGAUGAUCUGUACCCCGACACAGCUGGGCCUGAGGCGGCCCUGGAGGCAGAGGAGUGGGUGAGCGGGCGGGAUGCCAACCCCAUCCUCAUCUCCCUGCGGGAAGCCUACGUGCCCAGCAAACAGCGGGACCUGAAGGUCAACCGGCGCAACGUGUUAUCAGACAGCCGGCCCGCCGUGGCCCCUGGCUCCCCCCGCCCGGGGGCCUCCACGCCUGCUGCCUUCACCAGUAUUGCCGCCCCUGGCGGCAGUCUUGCCGGAGCCAGGGAGGCUGGGAAGCUGGAGGAGGUGAUGCAGGAGCUGCGAGCACUGAGAGCGCUGGUCAAGGAGCAGGGGGAACGCAUCUGCCGCCUGGAGGAGCAGCUCGGCCGCAUGGAAAAUGGAGACGCCUAGACCUCAGGCCCAGUGGAUGCCACUCCCCAUUCACCUCCUCCUCCCACCCCUUUCUCACUCAGCCUCCGCUGGCAGGUCACACUGACUCCGGCUGGCUGCCCCUGCCCCCGCUGACGGUUUCUGGGGCAGGUUCAGGGACCAGUCCACACCCUGACCCAUCCUGUGGGCCUAGGCUGGAGCCACUGCCUGGCUUUGGUCAUUAUUACUGGGGAGGAUUUUUGUACCCAGGAGAGCUCCUACUCUGAGGGACCAUCUCCCUCACCCCCACCCAGCCCCCCUGCUCCCUCCCCUGAGGAAGCAGGAGGGAUGGGCUCUAUAUUUUCAUUCCAAAUAAAAUUCUCUUUCUAAAA